AUGGAAGUCAAUCAAAAUAGAAGUAGAAAAAAUGGAAAAGAGAAACAACGAACGAUUGGAAAAAGCAGUGGAAAAAUCACGGGGAGUAAAUCAUCAUCGGGUAUCGAAUCAUCUAAUUUUAUGGUUCAUCCCGAUUAUUUACAAAAAUAUGGGACUCUUUCGAAUGGAGUACUAACGAAAAGCAUUAAAUAUGCCGAAACGUGGCUAUACGGAACCGUGGGAGUGCGGGGAGCUCCAACUCCGAGACCCAGUUUGUUCAUUUACCCUGGAGUCGUACCACCUCCGUCCAGAGGACUAAAUGAUAAUUACCAAAGUUCAUCCAAUGGUGUAUAUUUUAGCGAUCCUUUAAAAAGUGUUUCUCCAGUCAGGUAUAGGGGAUUUAGUCAACCGUCAUUUCCGAAUAGUCUCGAUAAAAGUCGUACCGGUGAUAAAAAUGAUUUUAAAAUUUACGAAUUUUCCAAUGGUGGUAGUAGUAGUAGUAGUAGUAGUAGUGGUAACAACGGCGUACUCGAACCCGUGACGUAUGCUGGAAAAAAAAUAAAAACGGGAGGUCACACAAUAAGCAAGGGAAGUUGUUUAAAAGAUUCCGUUUCCGUUCGUGGUAAAAAAACAUCAUCAUCCAUUUUAGGAGUUUCCGAUCCUUACAACGUAAUGAGAAAAAACAGAUUAGGAUCGUCCGUCGAUAACGCCGAAUCCGUUACAUUAGGAACGUAUAAACUUUCACAGAGUAAAAGGCCCAAUUCUAUAGAAUCUUAUCCUCUCCUACAAAAACGAGAAUCCCCCAUAGAAACUCAUAAAUCGAAAUCAAGCGGAAAAGAAAUGAAAUAUUGGAGAAACGAAAAAGAAGACCGAACGAAACCAGAGGAAGAAGUCGUCGGAAGAAGGAAAUCAAUUUUAGAAUGUGAAGUUGACGUUUACGAAUUAAACAAAAGCGAAUCGAAAGACUAUAGUAACGAUUCGAGUGAUGAAUUCGGUAUAAACGCAUCUGAAAUUGAUAGUUCAAAGCUGACAAUAAUGCGGCCAAAGUUAAAUAAGACUGAGUUUAUUAGAGUAUCGUCGAAAAAAACAGAAUCGAAAGAAUUUUCGAAUGAAAAUUCAAAUAAGGCUGAUAUUGUGUGCAACGGUCAAAGGUUUCAAAUAUCGAAAAGAGAGAUGAGAGAGAGUCUUAACGAUAGCGACGAUUCGGGAGUUGUUGCGAUUGAUAAAAAAACCGGAGACGAUGCCGCGUUAUCCCCGCAAAGGCCUCCGCGAAGGCAAAAAGAAAAGCCUAUUAUUUUAAAAGAAACAAAUUUAAAACAUACGAAAUCGAGGUCGAAAUCCUCGCCGAACUUAUCGAUAAAAUCAAUAUUGAAAAAACCACCCGGAAACGGAGACGAUUCGAGCAUAUUCGAGGGUUCGAUCAUCGAUCAUAACGAUAGUCCUCCAAUUCAAUUAGAAUCGGAUAAUAAUUUAUGGAAAAAUUCAAUGCCGCAAUUAAAUUUAAUUAAUAAUAAUAAUAAUAAUAGUAGUAGUAGUAAUAAUAAUAAUAAUAGUAAUAAUAAUAAUAAAAAUCAAAGUCAAAACACGUUAAAGAAAAAAAAACAAGUUCAGUUUAAAGUGAAUAAUUCAUUUGAAAAUUUAAAUGAUAAUAACAAUCAUUCCGUAUCUGGAUUAAGGAGAAGUUAUAGCGAUAGACGAUCAACUCCUCCAACGAUAAAUUCUAAAAAUGAUGAUAAUAAUAAUAGUACAACAACAUCACGAAGUUCAUCGAGUUCCGUGCAAUUUACCGAUACAAUGGCUCUGAGAACUAGAGGAACGAGAUCAGAUACGAGAGGAAUAUUUACCGAUAAAUCAAACGCGAAUCAAAAAAAUAUUAAAUUUGAAAAAAUCGUCAAGAGUAAAAAUCCGGGAGAAACGAUGGUUUCUUCGAACGGAGGAGGAGGAGGAGGAGGAGGAGAGGUCAAAUCGAAGCAAAAACUUUCCGGAAAUUUAAUAACGUACGAAGAAUUUAGUAAAUUGAUAGAUAAUUCCGAGUCGGAUCGACAAAAAUCUUCGCCGUCUAAAACGACAAAUGGAAAUUCUAAAGUACGUUUAAAACCUAAUGCGGUGGGUGUUAAAACAAAAGCACCCGCGCCAAGUCCACCGUCGAGAAAAAUUCCCAUGAAAAAGGUUGAUAAAAAUUCAGGUACGAUAUCUGUUAAAGUUUCCGUUAAAGAAUCAUGCCAUGAUUCACCGAAUGCGAACGUUGACGCGAAUAAAAAAGAGACUCGGGAGUCUGUCGAAUCGGAAAAAUCUUGUUUCGAAACGAAUACGACAGAAGAGAAAAAUGAAAAGACGACGUUGAAAUUAAAUUCGAAUUUAAUUAAAAAUACGGAGUCGAUGGGGAAAAACGUGGAAAGUAAAAAACCAUCCAUAACGAUUCAUCCUAAAAAUGUAAUAAACGAAAUAGAAAAAGAGCCGAAGAGGAAAACGUCGGUUAUAAUAAGCAAUUUUCAUCCUUUGGAUAGUAAUAAAGUCACGAUUAAUGUAACGACCGAACCCUGCGAUAAAGAAAUCAGUUCGUCGACUUGCACCAUCAUCGAAACCGGUUCUAAUUCCACGGUGAUUCCGGUCUUAUCCACGGAUAACAAAACCACAUUGAUUGUGGGUGACACUUGUUCGACCAUUUUGAAAAUGAAUGAUGACGAGACGAAAACGACGACGACGACGACGACGACGACCGCACCCGAUAAAUUUCUCAACAAUUCAAAUAAAAAACAAUUGGAAAUGUUAGAUCCAGUCGAAGCCGUUCGAAUGAAUUUAAUUCCACACGUUUGCGGGAAAACGGAUCGAGACGUUUCGAAUAAUAAUAAUGAUAAUAAUGAUAAACAAAUUAAUGAACAAACGUCAAACAAUCAAAAAGAUUUGAAACAAACAUUGAAACUUUUUGUCGAUUCUCAGGAAUGUGAAAAAACUCAAGAAUUAUCGAAAUCAUCGUGUCAGGAUGAGAGAAAUGUAAGGAACGGUGUUGUUGCCAAAUCCAAAGAUUCGUCGGCAACAACGUCCCGAAAUAACAGUUUGGAAAAAAAUUCUUCUGCUAACACAAGUAGAAAUAAUAGUUUUAAAAACAAUCAAAAUAAAAAAUUGAAAUCGAAUAAUGAAUCGGAAAACAAUGUAAUUUCACCACCGGUGGUAACUAAAAGUAAAAUUUACAUAACAGAAACGGAGGAUACAAUGGAACAAGAGAAAAAUAAAUUAGAAUGUGAAUACGAAGUUCAAAAUGAUAUUAAAGAGAAUAAGAAAAAAGAAAAUGAUAAUGAUGAUGAUGAUGAUGACGGUGACGCCUGUGAAUGUGACCACGACGACGAUGAUGAAGAAAAUAUUUACGAGACUAUUAAAGAAGAACCAAUUUACGAUAAAAUCGGUUCUAAUUUAGAUGACGAAGCAUUUCCUUCCCGACUUCCUCCUCUCGCUCCGUUUCCGGUUUUCGACAGUGCAGCUGAAACGCCACAAUCUCAAUCGACGGCAAAAUCAAUAUUUGAAGGAGCAUCAAAAUACGACAUUCUCAGUUAUUUGGUCGAUGCAAAAGAAAGAGUACAGGGUGACUCAUAUUUUAACGGAAGCACGAUCAGCGGCGAUGAUUCCGUCGAUUGUAAAAGGUUGACCUACGAUAAAAAUGAUAAGGGUUACUCAGAUCGAGAUAACAACAUCUCUCCGGAUCUAUCUGAAUUCGGAAAGAUCAGUUAUGCGAAAUUCAUAUCGUCGGAAACGGAUUCGGAAAUGGAUUUGUCGAUAAAUAGGUACAGUCAAAUAAGUAAUUCGAGCGAUGAUAACGUCAAUUCGGUUCUCGGCACGCCCGAGAAAAUGCCGCCCCUCAAAUUUCACAAGAAAAGUUCUGCCGAAGUUGAAAGAAACGAUUCUGGAGUGGGUUCGGAAGCGAGCCACACAUCGAGAAGCAAAUGGCAGACGUAUUCGAGCAUAAAAGAAGAUCCGCGGAAUUUAUGCGACGAUUGCGAUCAAAUUGUCGAAGCAAAGGUUACAGAAAGCGGUGCCAUGUACAUACCAUUAGUCUGUAGGAAAUGUGCAAAAAAAAGAUCGGAAAGAAAGGAAAUAAUACAAGAAAUAGUUGAAACGGAAGAAAAAUACGGAAGAGAUCUUAAAAUAAUUUUAGAAGAAUUUUACACUCCGAUGUUGGUAGCGGGGUUAUUGACUCCAGAACAAUUGUCGGCUAUUUUUUUAAACACAGAAGAAUUACUGGAAAAUAGUAAAAUUCUCAUUGAAAGAUUGCGAGACACGUUAGAAAUAGCCAUGGAGCAGGGAGACGAAGAUUUUUUAACCGUAAACGUCGGAAAAUUAUUUUUAGAAGCGGGUCCCAUGUUGCACGCUUUCGAACGUUAUUGCAUACGACAGGGAGGGGCAGCCAUGUUGUUAACGAAUUUGGAAAAGGAAAAAGAACUUUUAAGAAUAUUCUUAAGAGUUUCGCAAAUGGAAAACACAGUUCUAAGAAGAAUGAACCUUAAUUCAUUUUUAAUGGUGCCAGUUCAAAGAGUUACUAAAUAUCCCCUUUUACUAGCCAGACUGUACAAAGUAACACCUGUACAACAGGAAAAUAGGGAAACGCUUAAAGAAGCUCAACAUAAAAUUGAACUUCAUUUGGAACAUAUGAAUUCCGAAGCUAAAGACGUGAGCGCGACAAAAGUAUGGAGAAGAUUUUCAACGGCGACAAUUAGCGGUCGAAAAGUCGCGACGGAAUCCGAAAUAAUGAACAUAAAACUUCGUAAAAUGGCCGUGGACGUUUUGGAAUGGAAUCACGAAGAAGUGAGAUUCGUUUUAGAGGGAAAAUUAUUAUACACUCAACCGAACGAUAAUAAUUGGAAAAGAGGGAAAACGAUAAAACUCGCUCCCGUUUUCGUACUUUUGGUCACUCUUGGAAAACCAAAUUCAAAAUACAAAAUGGAUCCCACCGAUGAGGAUCUUAUAUUUCCGGUCAAAACGGGAAUAAGGGAAGCGACCCUACUAUUAGUUAAAGAAAAAUGUAAUCGAUACACAUUAAUUAGGGAGCCCUUGUAUUUGGAUAAAAUAAUUGUUUGUUGCGAAACGGAUAUCGAUGAAUCUUUCGAAGUGCAAGAGCUCGUGACAAAAGAUAGUUUCAUAUUCAAAGCGGAAGAUUGCGAAAGGACCAAAGAAUGGUAUAAACAAUUACAAUAUCACGCACAGAUAUUGGGAAUGUGGCGUAAAAGGAGGAACGCUCUUGCAAACAUAAUGAUCAACGGAAUGAUGGCCAGAGCUCAAACGAGCUGA